AUGGAUGAAACUGUUGCCGAGUUUAUCAAGAGGACCAUCUUGAAAAUCCCAAUGACUGAAAUGAUGACAAUCCUCAAAGCCUGGGAUUUUUUGCCUGAAAAUCAACUGCAGACAGUAAACUUCCGGCAGAGAAAGGAAUCUCUCGUUCAGGACUUGGUUCUGCUCUGUGAGAGUAAGCGUGCAAGUCUCCGUGACGCAGCCCUUUUAGACAUCAUUUAUACUCAAUUUCAUCAGCACCAGAAAGUUUGGGAUGUUUUUCAAAUGAGUAAAGAACCAGGUGAAGACGUUGACCUUUUUGAUAUGGAACGAUUCAAAAGUUCAUUUGAGAAAAUUCUUCGGAGAGCAUUAAAAAAUGUGACGGUCAGCUUCAGAGACGCUGAGGAGAAUGCAGUAUGGAUUCGAAUCGCCUGGGGAACACAGUACAGAAAGCCAAACCAGUACAAACCGGUUUAUGUGGUGUAUUAUUCCCAGACUCCCUACGCCUUCACUUCCUUCUGCCACCUGAAGAGCAAUACACCCCUUCUGAGUCAGGCACUGACAGUUGCUAGCAAUCACCAUAAGAUUGUGAAAAUGGACCUCAGAAGCCGGUAUCUGGACUCUCUGAAGGCUAUUGUUUUCAAACAGUAUAAUCAGAAGUUUGAAACUCACAACUCCACUAUGCCUCUACAAGAAACCCUUGAGCUGGACAUGCACAUGGAUUCAAGGAUCAUUCAUGAAAACAGAAUCGAGAAAGAGAGAGUCCAGAGAGUGACUCAAGAAACUUUUGGAGACUAUCCUCAACCAAGACUAGAAUUUGCACAAUAUAAGCUUGAAACGAAAUUCAAAAGUGACUUCCAUGGAGGCAUCUUGGCUGAGAGAAAAGAGCCCCUCCGGUGCCUAAUAAAGUUCUCUAGCCCGCAUCUUCUGGAAGCAUUGAAAUCCUUAGCACCAGCUGGUAUUGCAGACGCACCGCUUUCUCCGUUGCUCACUUGCAUACCCAAUAAGGGAAUGAAUUAUUUUAAAAUUAGAGACAAAUAG